CCCCGCGCGGCCCCGGGCGUCCGAGGCCGCGUCCCGUCGCUCUGUCCCGUGCACUGGCCGCCGGGCUGCAGGCAGGACUCCGGGCUUCCCCGGAAACGGGGCUGAGAGAUGGAGUCUGUGGUCUUUGAGGAUGUGGCCGUGGACUUCACUCUGGAGGAGUGGGCUUUGCUGGAUCCUGCUCAGAGGAAGCUCUACAGAGAUGUGAUGCUGGAAACCUUCAGGAACCUGGCCUCACUAGAUGAUGAGACUCAAUUUAAGGACGUUGGGUCAGUUUCUCUACAGGAUAUUUAUGGGGACAGAAUAUCUAAGGAACAUAAAAUACUAAGGUUUACAAGAAUGGAUUCUUUGGCCUCCAUUUUAGGAAAAAUUUGGGAAGGCCACAGCACUGAAGGUCAGCACAGAAACCUUGGGAACUAUCUGAGAAAUCAUGUGGUUGAGAAACUCUGUGAAGGUAAUAAACGUAAUCGAUGUGGAGAAACUUUCAGCCAGAUUCCAAAUAUUAGUAUGUACAAGAAAACUCCUACUGGAGCCAAUCCAUACAGAUGCAGUGAGUGUGGGAAAAUCUUCAUACAUCAUACCUCCCUUAAGAGGCACGUCGCAAAUCACACUGGAUACAAACCGUUUCAGUGUCGGGAGUGUGGGAAAUCCUUUCGUUUUCCAUCAGACCUAAGAACGCAUGUGAAAAGCCACAGUGGAGAAAGACCUUACGCAUGUAAAUUAUGCGGUAGAACCUUCAUUUAUCUCCAUUCCUUUUUAAGACAUGAAAGGACCCAUACUACAGAGAAACCCUAUGAAUGUAAGGAAUGUGGGAAAACCUUCAAGUGUCACUCAUCUUUACCAGUACAUAUGAGAAUGCACUAUGGAGGGAAACCCUAUGAGUGUAAGCAAUGUGGCAAAGUCUUCCUGUGUGCCCCAUCUUUACAAAAUCAUAUGAGAUUGCACAGUGGAGAGAAAAGCUAUGAUUGUAAGCAGUGUGGGAAAGCUUUCAUUCAUCCGACACACCUUCAAAGACAUAUGAGAACGCAUACUGGAGAAAAACCAUACGAAUGUAAGCAUUGUGGGAAAGCCUUCAGUGAUAGCGAUUACUUUCAAAGACAUGAAAGAACUCAUAGUAAAGAGAAACCCUUUGAAUGUAAGGAAUGUGGGAAAACCUUCAAGUGGUCCUCAUCUUUACGAACACAUAAACGAUUGCACAGGGAAGAGAAAACUCAUGAAUGUAAACAAUGUGGCAAAGUCUUUCUACUUUCCUCAUCAUUACAACAACAUAUGAGAUUACACAGUGGAGAGAAACCACGGUUUCCAACCAGUUCAUUCCAGUUUGAACCCCUGCUGAGAAUUUGCAUUUCCACCCCAGAUAUACUGAAUCAGAAUCUACGUUUUAACAAGAUCCCCAGGUGAUUCUUAUGUAUAAUGAAUUUUGAGAACACCUGCUCUGCUAGCGGUUCUCAGAAUUGGUCCCAACCAGCAGUAUUAGCAUUGCCUAGUGUCUUAGUUAUCUACUGCUGCUAAAACAGAAAUACCACAAGUGGAUGACUUUAACAAAGAGAAAUUUAUUUUCUGUUAGGAGGCUAGAUGUCCAAAUUCAGGGUGUUGGCUCUAGGGGAAGGCUUUUCCUCUCUUGAAUCUGGAGGAAGGCUCUUGUUUCUUCUGAGCGUCUACUCCUAAGUAAUCUUCAUGUGGCUUGGCAUCACUCUUCCCCCAUCUCUGCUCCUCCCUCUUGCUUGUUUCUUUUAUAUCUCAAAAGAGAUUGACUAAAGACACACCCUACACUAAUAUCUGCCUCAUUAACAUAACAAAGAGAACCCAUUCCUAAAUGAGAUUAUAACCACAGAUACUUGUUGUUAGGUGCCAUCAAGCUGGUUCAGACUCAUAGCAACCCUGUGUACAAUAGAAUUGAAACACUGCCUGGUCCUGCGCCAUGCCCACAAUCGUUGCUAUGUUGGAGCCCAUUGUUGUAGCCACUGUCAGUCCACCUCAUUGAGAGUGUUUCCCUUUUUUGCUGACCCUCUGCUUUACCAAGCAUAAUGUCCUUCUCCAGGGACUGAUCCCUUCUGACAACAUGUCCAAAGUACGUGAGAUGAAGUCUUGCCGUCCUCACAAGGAGCAUUCUGGCUGUACUUCUUCCAAGACAGAUCUGUUUGUUCUUUUGCAGUCUAUGGUACAUUGAGUGUCCUUCACCAACACCGUAAUUCAAAGGCAUCAGUUCUUCUUCAGUCUUUCUUGUUCACUGUCAAGCUUUCACAUGCAUAUGAGGCGAUUGAAAAUACUAUGGCUUGGGUCAGGCACACCUUAGUCCUCAAAGUGACACCUUGCUUUUUAGGUUUAAAGAGGUCUUUUGCAGCAUAUUUGCACAAUGCGAUACGUCAUUUGAUUUCUUUAUUGCUGUUUCCGUGGGUGUGGAUUAUGGAUCCCAGUAAUAUGAAAUUCUUGAUAACUUCAAUAUUUUCUCUGUUUACGAUGAUUUUUUUUUAUAGUUUCAAGAAUUUUUGUUUUCUUUAUGUUGAGGUAUAAUCCAUACUGAAGGCUGUGGUGUUUGAUCUUCAUCAAUAAGUGCUUCAAGUCCUCUUCACUUUCACCAAGCAAGGUUGUAUCAUCUGCAUAAUGCAGGUUGUUCAUGAGUCUUCCUCCAGUCCUGAUGCUGUGUUUUUCUGCAUAAGUUCAGCUUCUCGGAUUAUUUGCCCAGCAUACAGAUUGAGUAAGUAUGAUGAAAGGAUACAACCCUGACACACACCUUUCUUGAUUUUAAACCAUGUAGUAUUCCCUUCUUCUGUUCGAACGACUGCCUCUUGAUCUAUGUACAGGUUCCUGAUGAGUACAGUUAAGUCUUCUGGAGUUCUCAUUCUUUACAAUGUUAUCCAUAAUUUGUUAUCCACACAGUCGAAUGCCUUUGCAUAGUCAAUAAAAUACAGGUAGACAUCUUUGUGGUAUUCUGAGUUUUCAGCCAAGACCCACCUGACAUCAGCAAUGAUACCCCUUCUCCAACGUCCUUUUCUGAAUCUGGCUUGAAUUUCUGGCAGUUCCCUGUCGAUGUACUGCUGCAACUGCUUUUGGAUUAUCUUCAGCAAAGUUUUACUUAAGUGUGAUAUUAAUGGUAUUGUUUGAUAAUUUCUGCAUUCUUUUGAAUCACCUGUCUUUGAAAACGGCACGAAUAUGGAUAUUGUCCAGUUGGUUGGCUAGGUAGCCAUCUUCCAGCUUUCUUGGCAUAGAUGAAUGAGUGCUUCCAGCGUUGCACUCGUUUGUUGAAACACCUCAAUUGCUAUUCCAUCAAUUCCUGGAGUCUUGUUUUUUGCCAAUACCUUCAGUGCAGCUUGGACUUCUUCCUUCAGUACCGUCGGUUUUUGAUCUUAUACUACCUCCUGAAAUGGUUGAGGACCAGCCAGUUGUUUUGGCAUAGUACCUCUUAUGUAUUCUUCCCAUCUUCUUUUGGUGGCUUCCUGCAUCAUUCAACAUUUUGCCCAUAGAAUCCUUCACUACUGUAACUCAAGGAUUGAAUUUUUUCUGCAGUUCUUUCAGCUUGAGAAAUGCCAAACGUGUUCCUCCUUUUUGGUUUUCUAACUCUGGGUCUUUGCACAUUUCGUUACUACACUUUAUUUUGUCUUCCCAAGCUGCCCUUUGAAAUCUGUUCAGCUCUUUUAUGUGAUCAGAUACGGAGGAUAUGGUUUACAACACAUAUUUUGGGGGGACACAAUUCAAUCCAUAAAACCUAGGAACUUUUUAAAAAUUCUCAGCAGAUGUUCGAAAUGGAAGGGAACAGUUCGAAUCUCUGAGAGAAAUCCUAUGAUUGUAAGCAGUAAGUGAAAGCCUUACUUUUUAAAACUUUUGAGAACCCACACUGGAGAGGAACUCUGCGAAUGUAAGCAGUGUGGGAAAGCUUUCAGUUAACAUUCAUGUUUUUGAAGACAUAGGACAAUAUGUUGUUGUUAGGUGCUGUUGAGUCGGUUCCGACUCAUAGUGACCCUAUGUACAACAGAACAAAACACUGCCUGGUCCUGCACCAUCCUUACAAUCAUUAUGCUUGAGCCCAUUGUUGCAGCCACUGUGUCAGUCCAUCUCCCGAGGGUCUUUCUCUUUUUUGCUGACCCUCUACUUUACCAAACAUGAUGUCCUUCUCCAGGGGCUGGUCCCUCCUGAUAACAUGUCAAGAGCAUGUGAGAUGAAGUCUCACCAUCCUUGCUUUUAAGGAGCAUUCUGGUUGUACUUUUUCCAAGGCAGAUUUGUUUGUUCUUAUGGCAGUCCAUGGUAUGGACAUCUGAGAAUAUACACUGGACAAAACCCUGUGAAUUUAUGUCAAGUGGGAAAACAUUUAGUUGUCAUUGCUUCUAGUACAUGUGAAAAUGCUGACUGGUGAGAAACCCAGUGAAUGUAAAGAAUGUGGAAGAGCUUUCAAGGUCCCUCAUCUUUAACAAAACAUAGAGUGUGCACUGGAGAGACACCCUAUGAAUGUAAGCAAUCUGGGAGAGCCUUUAGUCAACUGUCACACCUUAAAGGACAUUUGACAAUGCAUACUGCGGAGAAACUGUGAACGUAAGUAAUGUGGGAAAGCCUUCCCUUUUUCCUCUUUAACAUAGCAUGUGAGAACGCACACCAGAGAGGAACACUGUUAAUGUAAGGUGAGAAAGCCUUAAAAAGUAAAUCAUGUAUCAUGCUCUAGAAAAUUCACACCAGGAGAAAAUCUUUAUACAUGAGUAUGGUGAAAUGAGUUCCUUUAUGUGGCUACUUUUGCCUUGGUUUUGUGGGAAAAGCAGCUUGAGAAUUUUUUCCCCUAAGCCCUGUGGAAUUAGCAUUGCUCUAGUUUUCCACCCCAGAGGAUUCCUUCCUUUUGUCCUGGUUGAUUGACAUUUCCUGGGUAAGCUGUAAAAAACUUGUGGUUUGAUACUUUUUGUCUGAUCCUCGCCUGUAGGCUGUCCUGUGAUUGGUAUGCAUCUUGCAGUGAUUGGUCAGUAGACUAUGCAGAUAACGUGUCUGUGGCCUACCGAGAAGGGAUCGGUCAGUUGUGGCCCUGGUGGGAGGGACUAUGUCUUGAAAUUGACAAGGAGUUGUGUAUAUAAGCAGCCAACCUCACAGAGGUUUCACAGACAGAAAGAAACAGGAGGGAGAAAGAAGAGAGAAAAGAGAAGCAGAGAGAGGACUCUGGGAACCUUCUAAGAGAACUGUAACACAGGUCAAGGGCUGUCACGCUGAAGGCAGUGUGAGGUCCAGAAGGGGCUCAGCAGCCGGAGUCAAUGAUGACAGACGACAGGGCCAAGAGGAGGCCUGCAUGUUCCAGAGGAGCUGAGAGAGCUGCCCUGCACCGAAGAGAGGAAACUUUGCAUGCACGCUUCCUGACUCGGAUCCUGAGUUGUAGCCUGUUGACCCUGAUCCCGAGUUGUAUCCUGUUUCUUAAUAAAUAACUGUAAGUAUGGUCUGUGA